GGCGAAGAGAGAGAGAGAGAGAGAGUGGGGCUUUACCUAGAAUUACGAGAAAAAGCGAAGGCUAAGUGAAAGAGAGGGGAGGAGGAGGAGGAGGAGGAGGAGGAGGAAGAAGCAUAGCUACGCCGAAUCCAUGGCGUGGGAGGGCGAGAGGAGAGAAGAAACGUUUAGAAUUCAACGCAGCGCAGUAACAGAGACGCACGUCACAUGGGACUAAGACCCUUCCCCCUACUGCCUCCAACCGUUGCGCACUCCCUCGCAUUCUCCCUCCCCCUCUUUCCUCUGCGGUGCGCUUUUGAUCGAUUGAAGGGCGGCCGAGGAGGAAUUCGAUUAGGUUUUUCUUCUUCUUCCUCUUCUUCUUUUUGCCGGGCUCGAAGGAAGGGAGGAGAUUGGGGGCGGUGAUGAUGGAGGACGGCGUGCUGUGCGAGUGGAGCGUGUUCAGAUCUCUCCUCGCGAUUGUCCAGUGGUGGGGCUUCAAUGUCACCGUCAUCAUCAUGAACAAGUGGAUCUUCCAGAAAUUGGAUUUCAAGUUCCCUCUGACUGUUUCGUGUGUACACUUCAUAUGCUCGGCUAUUGGAGCUUACCUGGUUAUAAAAGUGCUGAAGCUCAAGCCUUUGAUAGUUGUUGACCCUGAAGAUCGCUGGAGACGAAUUUUUCCCAUGUCCUUUGUGUUCUGCGUAAACAUUGUCCUUGGGAAUGUGAGUUUACGUUAUAUCCCAGUUUCUUUCAUGCAGACAAUAAAGUCAUUCACUCCUGCAACAACAGUUGUUUUGCAGUGGCUUGUGUGGAGAAAGUACUUUGACUGGCGUAUUUGGGCUUCUUUGAUACCAAUCGUAGGGGGAAUUCUCCUUACAUCAGUUACAGAGCUUAGUUUCAACAUGCUGGGGUUCUGUGCUGCCUUAUUUGGUUGUCUUGCAACUUCCACAAAGACGAUUCUCGCAGAAUCCCUGUUGCAUGGAUACAAGUUUGACAGCAUUAACACAGUAUACUACAUGGCACCUUUUGCAACCAUGAUCUUGGCUGUCCCGGCGAUCCUUCUUGAAGGUCCUGGAGUUCUUCUCUGGCUUCAGACUCAUACAUCUAUUGCCUCAUCCCUCAUCAUUAUUUUCAGUUCUGGAGUGUUGGCAUUUUGCCUAAAUUUCUCCAUCUUUUACGUGAUUCACUCAACAACUGCAGUAACAUUUAAUGUUGCCGGUAAUCUCAAGGUUGCGGUCGCUGUCAUGGUAUCGUGGCUCAUAUUCCGGAAUCCUAUCGCGGCUAUGAAUGCUGUGGGGUGUGCAAUAACGCUCUUGGGGUGCACUUUCUAUGGUUACGUGCGGCACAUGCUAUCCCAACAGCCACCAGGGACUCCUCGGACUCCCCGUACCCCGCGAAAUCGUAUGGAGCUCCUACCCCUUGUAAAUGAUAAAUUAGAUGAUAAAGUGUAAUUGAGGCAUUGUUGGUUCUAGGCAGUUGGAAAGGGUGCGAUAUUAGAGAGAAGAGAAUGAACUAGAACAGAGAGAACUUCCUCCUUUUUUCAUUUCGAGCUUUGAUUAGUUUAUUCCAACUUUUUUAAUUACACGCCCUCUCUUAGCGGGCAAAAUUAUAUGUUGUCGCUGCUGGUGUUUGUUCAUGCUCUUUUCAGUGGUUGA